AUGGGGAGGGCGCCGUGCUGCGACAAGGUGGGGCUCAAGCGUGGGAGGUGGACGGCGGAGGAGGACCAGAUACUCGCCAACUACAUUGCAGAGCACGGCGAGGGAUCCUGGAGGUCGCUGCCCAAGAAUGCAGGGCUGCUCCGGUGCGGCAAGAGCUGCCGGCUGCGGUGGAUCAACUACCUUCGGGCGGACGUCAAGAGGGGGAACAUCUCCAAGGAGGAAGAGGACGUCAUCAUCAAGCUCCACGCCACCCUCGGCAACAGGUGGUCCCUGAUCGCCAGCCACCUCCCUGGCCGAACAGACAACGAGAUCAAGAACUACUGGAACUCGCACCUCAGCCGGCAGAUCCACACGUACCGCCGGAAAUACACCGCCGGGCCGGACACCACCGUCACCAUCGACAUGAGCAAGCUGCAAAGCGCCGACAAGCGGCGCGGCGGCAGGACCCCGGGCCGGUCGGCGAAGAUCGCCACCAACACCACCACCACCAGCACCAAGACCAACAAGAGCAAGCAGCCGGACCCGGAGCCUGAACCGGAGUCCGGCGACGCGAAAGGCGCGUCGUCUAGCCCGGGCACCGCGGCGACGUCGGCGGCGUCGAGCCCGCGGCACAGCGACGGGGCGCGAAGCGCCGUGGUGGACCCGGAUCCGAAAUACCAGCCCAACAGCAGCAGCGGCAGCACGGCCGAGGGGCCCUGCAGCGAGGACGCGACUGGGCCGUGGGAGCUCGACCCGAUAGAGCUCGGGGACCUCUGGGAGGCCGAGAGUGAGAUCGACGCCCUGAUGUCGUCCAUAGGCGCACCUCUGGAAGGAUUUGACGCGGUCGGCGGUGAGGCCCAGGUGGGCGACCUGUUCGACAUGGACAUGGACUGGGAUGGCUUCGCGGCCCAUCUAUGGGGCGGGCCGGAGCAGAACGACCACAGCGCGGAGCUGCAGCAGGCCGCCGAGCCGCAGGCUGCUGCUGCGGCCUGCACCCCGGACGAGCACGAGCCGCAGGCUGCUGCUGCUGCUGCUCCUGCGGCCUGCACCCCGGACGAACACGAGCCGCAGGCGGCGGCGGCUGCUGCUCACGAACACGAGCUGGAGGCGUUCGAGACUUGGCUCCUGUCCGACUCGUUCUGA